GUGGCGGAGCACGCGUGUGUGCUCCUGAGGCUGCUGCUCGCCGGAUCGGGAGGUGCAUGCCUGUUCCUGGCCGGACCGUCAAGCCGGCGGCUGCGAGGACGCGGCGGCGGCGGCGGAGGAGGGCAAGGGCAGCCGGAGACAGGCGGGGUGUCCCUCUCGGAGGCUGAAGGGCCCCGGCUUCCCGGGGGUCAUGGCAUCGCUGGCGGACCGACUGCGGGGCAACGGGCGCAUCGCCGCGGGUCUCCUGCUCAACCUACUGGUGUCCUCCUGCAUCGUGUUCCUCAACAAAUGGAUCUAUGUGCACCACGGCUUCCCCAACAUGAGCCUGACGCUCGUGCAUUUUGUGGUCACCUGGCUGGGCUUGUAUCUCUGCCAGAAGCUGGACAUCUUUGCCCCCAAAAGCCUGCCGCUCUCCAAGCUCCUCCUCCUGGCCCUCAGCUUCUGCGGCUUCGUGGUCUUCACCAACCUCUCUCUGCAAAACAACACCAUAGGCACCUAUCAGCUGGCCAAGGCUAUGACCACGCCGGUGAUCAUAGUUAUCCAGACCCUCUGCUACAAGAAAACCUUCUCUCUCAAAAUACAGCUCACGCUGAUUCCUAUAACUUUAGGUGUAAUCCUAAAUUCUUAUUAUGAUGUGAAGUUUAAUUUCCUUGGAUUGCUGUUUGCUGCUCUUGGUGUUGUAGUUACAUCUCUGUAUCAAGUGUGGGUGGGAGCCAAACAGCAUGAACUGCAGGUGAACUCGAUGCAGCUGCUGUACUACCAGGCCCCGAUGUCAUCAGCCAUGUUGCUGGUGGUCAUGCCCUUCUUCGAGCCAGUGUUUGGAGAAGGAGGAAUAUUUGGUCCCUGGUCGGUUUCUGCUCUGCUUAUGGUGCUGUUAUCUGGAGUAAUAGCUUUCAUGGUGAACUUAUCAAUUUAUUGGAUCAUUGGGAACACAUCACCCGUCACCUACAACAUGUUUGGACACUUCAAGUUCUGCAUCACCUUAUUUGGCGGAUACGUUUUGUUCAAGGAUCCGUUGUCAGUUAAUCAGGGUCUCGGCAUGUUAUGUACGUUAUUUGGCAUUCUCGCCUAUACCCAUUUUAAACUCAGUGAACAAGAAGGAAGUAAGAGUAAACUGGCACAGCGUCCUUAGUUGGGCUUGUGUGGAGAAAAGAAAGGUACCCUAAGAAGAUGGGAAGUUAAGUAAGUGUACAAGUUGCUUUCAAAGAAGGAAAGAAAUUACAUUGCAAAAUUUAUUGAAUGGUCGUUUGCCAGAAGUAACACAAAGGAAAUUAUAUUCAGAAAUACAGUUUUCUUUUUUAGAAUACCAGUACCUUGUAAAAAAAAUUUAAUUCUCUUAAAACCAUGGCUUAUGCUUCUUUUCAGAGAGAUUCUGUGAGGUAUAUAGUUUGGUUCUGUUCUACCCAAUGAAGUACCUGAAAUUAAAGUUCUGUUGUAGUGACAACGAAAUUCGUAUCACCGCACUGCAAACAUGUGGUGGUUUUUAAGUGUUCCUACUCUCAUAGGGAGAGACACGUAGGGCUCCUCUGUGUGCUUGUAGGUGGUCCCCAGUGUGAGCUCUGUUACAAUUUCGGCCAAAGUGUUCAAGUCUGAAUUUAAAUCUAGCAUUUCUGCUUUAGUUGGCUGAAUGUAACUACCUGUUUAUUUCAUGCACAGAAAUGAAAUAUUUAUAGAAAGCAAAGUAUAGUAAAGAAUAAAGACCAUAAGACAAAAUCCAAUUCUGAAAGUGCCCUUUUGUAUAGAAAAUUGAUGUUAAGGACUUCAAUGUUAUCCAAAAAACUACAGUUUCGAUAGGUAUGCUCUUGUUUUUGAGCUCUCUGUAAACUCUAGAAACUAUACCUGAACUUAGAAAACAGAGUAGCCCCAUGUUUAAAUGGCCCAAAGAAAAGGUGGUAGAUGGAACAGAGCAGACUUUGCAUCCUGGUAACUGUUCUAGCCUCUGAGCAUUUCGUGUGGGUCAUUUCUUAAAACCACCUCCCUGCUAUCACUCCCUACCGUUCACAUUUGAGGCAUCCAUGGAUUUCCUUUGACAUUGAAGGAAUUGGAAUGAGCUAUGUCCAGCCUUUCUAAGGUGGCUGAGGAAAAUUCUUACGCAACAAGUCAGGGCAAAUACUGUCCAAACACUAAGCAGAAACUUGAUGAAAAUAUGAGGCAAGAUUUGAAAGAGAAAUAGAAGAAUAGUCAAUAUUUAACUAGUUCCAAGAGUUCUAAAGGGAUACUUUUAAAACAAUUUGGGUGUAGGAGAAAUACAUGAUUUCUACUUAAGGAAAUAAAGUACCAUAUAUUUAAUCGCAAAGUGUAUUUCUGCCUUCCAAGUUCUUGACAUGUGAGCAUUAAAAUCACUUGUUGAUAACAAUAAUUGACUGAGACAGGUAAUCCCUCUUCCAAUACAUAAUUCUUUUUCUACAUAUUAUUUAUAAGCUUUAAAUGAGAAAACAGCUCUUGAGAGGACAAAAGAGCCACAUGUAUAAAAUACACCUUUUAGAAUUUUUGUCCUGGUCUGUUUGAAAUGAAAAGCCUUAUUGAAAAAUCUAUUUUUUGACAAAAUUCCAGUGUUUCAGUCAAUCUGUUAUGUGAUUAGGAUGUGUUAUUUUCUGUUUUUAUUUUAAGUAUUAUUUGAUUCUUCUCAGUUUCCAAGACAGAUUUUAUUGUGCUGUGAAGUACAAAGCAAUUUGUCUUAAGAGUUGAGCCUCAGGCAUUACUUUUGUCUAAUGAAUGCUCUCUGUGUACACUUAAAUUAAUGUAUAAUUAUUUCCCCGAAAUUGGAGAAAAGUAUUUCAGCACAAUGAGGAUUAUGUGAUUCCUGUGUACAGACAACUGUGUUAAUUUGUGCCACGUUCAAAUUCUUAACUGUAAACACAUCUUGGGGAGGGUUUCUAAUAAAUCUUGGGGGAGGGGUGUAAUGACUGAUGUCAAUAGGAACACAGUAAGAGGGUUGGAACGAACAAGAGAGGUGGGGAUGCAUGUAUGUAAGUGUCAAGUCUGUGCUGCUGGGACUAGAGCGUGAUGAACAUCUUUU